AUGGACAUCCCCGUCCAAGCGCCGUCGACGCCGCUGUCGUACGGCCCGCAGAUCCCGAUGGUCCCCGGCGCGAGCGGCCGCGGGAUCCCGGACCUCCCCGGCGGCUGGAGCGAGCCGAACACGCUCGUCCCGGUCGCGAUCAACUGGAACCAAGGCGGCACCGUCGUCGAGGUGGAGGGGUCGUUCGAUAACUGGCAGUCGCGUCAGGCGCUGCAUCGCAGCGGCAACCGCGAGUUCGCGGUGGUGAAGAUGCUCCCGCCGGGGGUGUACCAGUACAAGUUCAUCGUCGACGGCGAGUGGAAGUACGCCCCGGACCAACCCGCGAUGUACGACGAGAUGGGGAACGUGAACAACGUGUUGGAGGUGCAGGAGUACGUCCCGGAGAUCUUGGACUCGCUGGAUUCGUUCCUCGCGCCGUCGUCGCCGCCGGAGAGCUACGACUGCGCGCUGUUCACGCAGGACGACUUCGCGAAAGAGCCCCCGGCGUGCCCGCCGCACUUGCACCUCACGCUUCUGAACAUGCCGCAGAUACCGGACGCGCCGAACUUGCUCCCGCGGCCGCAGCACGUCGUGCUAAACCACAUGUACAACGACAGGACUAAGCAACAGCGCGGCCAACACGUGAUGGGGACGACGCACCGGUACCGGAGCAAGUACGUCACCGUCGUGUUCGUGAAGCCGAGCUGA